CAACAAGAGGCCCGGAAAUAAAUUGUCACACUAUCGUGGUAAAAUUUAGGGGCGGGAAUGAAGAUUAAAUCGCUACAGUUAUUUCAAUAUGCUUUAAGCGUGUUAUGCAAAAACAUUUUUCAUUUUCCAUUUUUAUUCGCUAGCUAGCUAGAAAAAAUAUGAAAAUAAACAUUCUGGUGGCAGGAGGGGGGAGGGAUUUUUCUAAGAUUAUAAAAAUAGACGAUUUGUAAUUGCUCGAUACCUCAGUCUUUGUGCACGCAGCUUUUAUAUUUAAUGAUUUUUUUUUUUCCGGGGAAACAAAAUGAGAGGAAUACCGUAUCUCGGCGAAAGAAACUGCACGUGUGUUCAUUUCAAAUGGACAAAGAUAGAUUGCGUGUAAUCGUAAGUACGGACAACGUAUAUGUGCCACAAACGACAGAGGUCAUAAUAGCUACAUAAAACGUUUUAAAAUCUGGGUAAGUAGCCUGUCUGCGAAUAUAUGACAAUCGAUAAGCUUAGAUCAGCAUUUUGAGUUGCAAUGGGUUUUAUUAAUAGUUUGAUGCGACCGGUCCCCAAAAAAAGGUCAUUGAUAGUUACUUCAUAUGUCAUAUAUCUGCGUCAGAUGUAGUUCUAUAACGUUACCCAGUUGCAAGAUAGAUGUUUUAAGAAACAUGUAAAUACACACUUAGCUAUCCACCGACAUCAUAGUUUUUGCAACGACUUCUGUUGUUAGCUCCGAAAACGAGACACCUUUGACUACAAAGCAUUGCAGGAUAAGUUUCGAGCGUUAAGACACUGUCGACUGGUUUGUCUUGGACACAAGCGCACGUCAGGCAGUGAUGUCACGCACACACUUUUCAGGUUCGCUCGACUGAAAUGCUGCACGAGACUGCCACGGUCCAGUUGCUCAUUCUAUAAAAACGAAACACACUCCCAGUUCUGUCAAAACUGCUCUUCUUACUUUUCUCUUGUUGCCGUCUUCUUUCUCAUCCACUCCUUCCCUCCAACUGUCACUGUCCGCCCCCCGUCGACCCCCAGCCGCCGAUGCGGUGGGGCAGGUAGGCGAUGCAGCAGUUUGCUGAGCUCAUGGCCAGCCAGGCAGUGAAGGACUACGCCCAGCAGGAGGCGCACCGCGCCGCCAGGGAGGCUUCGGGGCAGAAGGCUGCGGGGCCGAAAGCGCCGGCCAGGCACCUCCACGGCAAGCCGCCGCCCGGCUACAGCCUGCCGCCCCGCCCCGACCAGAGGGAGCCCAGCAGGGAGGAGGCGCGGAGCUGCAGCUGCGACCAGCAGCAUGCCCGUAGCUGCCCCGGCUACCCCCUGCCCCCCUCCUUCGCCUCCUUCCUGUCCCUAAAGCCCAGAGAGACGCCCUCCUCCCGAACCAAAGCGCCCAAGCCCGACCGGAACUGCUUGCCCAAGGACCCCGGCGCCGGGUCCGUGGACCCGGGCCUGGGCCUGGCUUUGGGGAUGUCUCUGGAGGGGCCGGCCCACGACCCGGACUGCCCCUACGUCCCCGACCCGGGGCAGCAGCUCCCCAAGCGGCAGGGGCAGGACCCCGCGCGGGACGGCGGCCCCCAGCAGGCCCCCUCCCUGCCGUGCCUCUGCUUCCAGACCUGCGCCCAGUUCCUGUGCCAGUCCCAGGCCCCGCCGGCGGACUCGGGCCUCCCGGCCCCGGCGCAGUCCCCGGGGCCCUUCCCCUGCUUCUCCUGCCAGCGCAGCUUCCCCACCUGCGCCCAGCUGCUGCGCCACCAGCAGAGCCACGGGCUGCAGGAGGGCGCCUCGCAGCACCUGUGCAUGCACUGCGCCGCCGCCUUCGCCCGCCCCGCCCUGCUGCUGCAGCACCAGCGCGAGCGCCACGCCGCCGAGCCGCGCGGCUUCCUCUGCCCCGAGUGCGGCCGCGCCUUCAACUCGCACGGCAACCUGCGCAUCCACCUCAACGUGCACACGGGCGCCCGGCCCUACUCCUGCGCCGACUGCGGCAAGAGCUUCAGCCAGUCGGGGGCGCUGCGCGUGCACCGGCGCAUCCACACGGGCGAGCGGCCCUACGUCUGCGCCUACUGCGCCCGCGGCUUCUCCAACCUGGCGGGCCUGCGGGCGCACGAGCGCACCCACACGGGCGAGAAGCCCUACCCCUGCCCGCAGUGCGGCAAGUGCUUCACCCAGUCGGGGGCGCUCAAGAUCCACACGCGCAUCCACACCGGGGAGCGGCCCUUCGUCUGCGGCCACUGCGGCAAGGCCUUCUCCAGCCACUCGGGCAUCCGCUUCCACCACCGGACGGUCCACGGCGCCAUCCCCAAGCUCAGCAUCACCGUGGGCCUGAGCCCCUGCAGCACCCCCACCACCGGGUCCAGCGCGGGGCCCGGCUCCGACACCAGCCUGGGGGGGCCCGGGGGCCCGAACUCCAACGUCAGCUCCCCGGCCUCCAUGUACUCCAGCGCCAACGCGUGCUCCGGUGGCCCCCACCCCAAAAGCCCCGGCCUGGACGCGGCCGCCGCCUCCUCCUCCUCCUCCUCCUUCCCGGGCCCCGCCUCGCCCCCCCGGCCCAGCGCGGACCUGCGGGCGGGGGACGAGGCGGCGCCCAAGCUGGGGGCGGACCCCGCCGUCUCGGGGCUGGACCUCAGCCGCGGCUCGGCGGGGCGGGAGCAGAGGGCGCGGCCGUACGACGGGGCGGGGCGCGGGGCCGCGCGGAGGGGCCCGCACCGGGCCCCCGAGCACCAGAGGGCCCGGGCUGGAGCGCUGCGGGAGAAAGAGGCGGGAGAGAGGGACGGCACGGGCGGCCUGACCCACUGA